GGUGACUUCCUCCUUGCGUCACGCGCGCCACAUCCUGACGCAGACUCCGCCAUGGGGGAAGGGAAGAAGUUGCUCUACGAUGCGGAGACCAAGAAGAUGUGCAAGCAAGCCAUCACGGGAUCAAAAGAUUGGAAGGACAAGGAAGAGAAGAUUCUGCAAGCCUUCAAGACCUGGGACAAAGAUGGGAACGGCUUCAUCACCAAAGAUGAGCUUGCAGAUGUGUUGUCGUCCCUGGGAUGUCCCACGAAGUCCGAAGAUCUGGACGUGAUGCUCAAGGAGGCGGAUCUCGAUCUCGAUGGCAAAAUCAAUUACGAGGAGAUGACUCAUUGGCUUUGCCGUGCCCCUCAUCUCGAACAGUACUUCCUGCGAUCCGUGCACAUCUUCAAGCAAAAUUUCAUCGAUUCCAGCACGGAGAUGAAUAAGAUCAUGCUUGAGAUGUUGGACUUGAAGAAGGAGAUGGAAGCCAUGCAGGGCGGGGCCGAGGGUGAGCUAGAAUCCCUGGACGGGAUGAAGAAAGGCUUGGAAAUCAUGCGAAAGGUCGCGGAGAGAUUCCAGGAAGUCGUGAAAAAAAACCAGACGCGGAUGAAUGACGAGCUUCCCCCGGUGAUUUUACAGAGCUUCAAGUACCAUGACAAGGACGGAAGUGGAACAUUGACCUACGAUGAGAGCAUCAUUUUUUUCUCGAACUUCAUGGCACUCUGGGAGCCCUUUGCAGAGACGAUGUCUGAGCUCAACGCCAUCUUCAAGGAGAUGGACUGUGAUUUGAACGACAUGGGGGACGACACGACCAAAGAAAAACUGGAGGAAGACAUGAAAACGAGAGAUGAAAAGGUGAAGUUGGUGACCCCAGACAAGCUGCAUGAAGUCUUCAAGCAGAAAUAUGCCAUCCUGAAGGAAGAGCGAGCCAAGAAUAUCGAUGAAUAUCACGUGAAGGCCUUCGAGGUCCUCAGUGUUAACGGAAAAAUUGAGGAGGGUGCAUUGAAGGAGGCUUUGCUACAUGGAACCGACAAGAACAGCGAGUUUCUUCGUGCCAUGAAUUUGGAGGUUUCCGAGGUGAUGAAGGAAACCACUGAGAAAUGCAAGGAGUUCGAAUCCCAAAAGGAUGAACUGGAGGAGGCCAUGCAGAUGAUGGAAAGCAUGAUGGGCGCCAUGGCAGCCUUGGGAGCCAUGGGAGCUGCGUUGGAAGGAAUGGGAGGAGGAAUUCCAGGAGGAAAAGAAGGAGAUCUCGGUGAGCUUGAGAUGGGCGAGUGCAACAUGCAAUAAGCUCAAACACCGGCCGGUGAAUGGUAGGUCUCUAGGACCCUAGGGGCCCUAGCUGGAU